AUGCCACAGCAAAAGGCUAUUCCUGAGCAGCGAAUUAGGUCAAAAAAUGAGGAAAUUUUAAUUGAAAUGGAGGUAAACAAACUUCUCAAUAAAAAAGCUAUAGAAAAAUGCGACGCUGUCGAAGGUCAAUUUAUUUCAACUUAUUUUUUGGUUAAAAAGCCGGAUGGUUCUCAUAGGUUUAUAUUGAAUUUAAAAAAUUUAAAUAAGUUUAUUGCAGCCCCUCAUUUUAAGAUGGAAGACAUCAGAACUGUAAAAAAUCUUCUGAUGUUAAAUGAUUUUAUGGCAUCUAUAGAUCUUAAAGAUGCCUACCUUCUCGUACCAGUGGCAGAGAGUAGUAGAAAAUACUUGAGGUUUAUUUUCCAGGGUCAGAUCUAUCAGUUCACGUGCCUCCCGUUUGGUUUGUCUAUAAGCCCUUACAUUUUCACCAAGUUGAUGAAGCCGAUAGUAAAUUUUCUGAGAGAGAAGGGUUUCUUGCUAGCAAUUUAUCUUGAUGACAUAAUUUUCAUAGCGAAAUCUUAUAAUAUCUGUCGGGAGAAAGUUUUAUGGGCAAGGAAUUUUUUACAAAAGCUUGGGUUUGUCAUCAAUGAUGAGAAGAGUAGCCUAGUUCCUGCUCAAAAAUGCAAAUUCCUUGGUUUUAUAGUAAAUUCAGUUGACUGUACUAUCGAGCUAACAGAUGCCAAAAAAGAGCACAUUAAAAAUCUUGUUGCUGAAUUUAAAAUAGGAACGAUAUGUAAAAUUAGAGAAUUUGCUACGUUGUUAGGUACGCUAAACGCUGCCUGUCCAGCAGUCGCUUACGGAUUGUCCCACUGUAAGAAAUUAGAACGUCAAAAGUUCCUAGAUUUAAUAGUUAAUGAUGGAGACUACGAUGGUAAGAUGGUGAUUAAAUCCUAUCUGGAAAGGGAUCUAAUCUGGUGGAAGAUUAAUAGUCAAAUUGGAAAAAAUCCGAUAAGAACAGCAGAAUAUAGUAUCGAGAUUUCUUCAGACGCCUCCUUGACAGGGUGGGGGGCUUUCUGCAAUGGUAAAUCAGCCCAUGGCUGGUGGAAUGCCGAUCAGCGUAGAUACAAUAUAAAUUUCCUGGAGCUUUUAGCAGCUUUUCAUGCUCUCAAAUCAUUUGCGAGUAAAUUAAACAACUGUGAGAUACUCCUAAGAAUAGACAACACCACAGCUAUAGCUUAUAUCAACAGAGCAGGCAGUGUCCAGUAUCCGAAGCUGAGUAAUCUAGCACAGGAAAUUUGGGAUUGGUGUGAGCAUAGGAAGAUUUGGAUCUUCGCAAGUUAUAUUUCAUCAAAAGAAAAUUUCCAUGCCGAUGCAGCUUCCAGAAUUACUAACAUAGACACGGAGUGGGAGUUAGCCAAUGAGGUUUUUGACUCAGUGGUUAAAAAAUUUGGCCCUUUCACUAUAGAUUUAUUUGCAACAUAUGAGAACCGGAAGGUUAAAAAAUUUUGCUCUAGAUUCCCUAACCCGGAAUCUUUUAAAGUAGAUGCAUUCACAAUUUCCUGGAAAAAUGAAAGAGUGUAUGCCUUUCCACCAUUCGCUUUAAUCACUGCAGUGAUUAAGAAAUUUAUUACUGACAAAGCCGAGGGGGUAAUAGUAGCACCAGACUGGCCCACUCAGCCGUGGUAUCCUUUGCUUAAUUCGUUGCUCAGAGAACCACCUAUUGUUUUCAAACCUAAUAAGCAUUUAUUAUUAUCUCCCUGUAGGACCAAAACGCAUCCGCUGGCGAGCAGGCUUUCCCUGGUAGUGGCGUACUUAUCAGGCAAAAAUAUCUGA